AUGCAGAAGUCUUUGCCGCCUCUGGACGCCGCAUGGGACCCGACCCUGCAGACCGACGACGGAGAGGAAUAUUGCUGGACGCCGUUGCAGCUUGCCGCCAGAGGCGGAGAACUGGGUAACAUGCGGGAAAUUAUUGCCGCCGACCCGAAGGCCGUUAAAGACCCCCCGAGCGGCUACUACGGACAGACAGCCAUCCAGCCUGCAUGCAUGCAUGGCCACGAACAGGCGGUGCAGAUGCUGGUCGACGCCGGGGCCGAUAUCCGCUUCUGCGGAGGCAACAACUUCCAAAGGAAUGCUUUGCAGAUAGCCUGCGGGCAUGGAAACAAGAAGGUCGUCAACAUUCUACUCAGUGCGGGGGCCAAGGUCAACGAGGUGUUGUCAGAGCCUGCGCAUCCGGCACACGGGUCACCAGCGUCAUCAGUUGUCGUGACCCGGCAGCAGCGGAGCGAGGACAUGAGCAUCUGGUCAGGCGACUACUGA